AUGAGGGAGGGGGCCAGAGAGGAGAGCAGGGUGGGGGGGUUGGCCAGAGAGGAGAGGAGAGGGCCACUCGUAAGUUUCCUGUCUGGUGGAGCUCUAGCCCUGCCCAGAGACGGAGGCAGCAGUGCUGGCCGGCAGGCAGGGGAGGCAGAUAGGGCUCGGGAAACAUUUUCAGCCUAUUUGAUAGGCAGACGGACAGACGGCAGGACGGAUACACGGGUGGGGGCUGUGCUAGGCGGCUCGGCGGCAGGCUGGUGGAAGAUGUCGUUAGGAGCCGGCGGGAGGGGCGGAAGGCGGCUCAGGGGGAUAGCAAGCAGUGGGGGUGGAGGAGGGAGAGGAGGAGCGGGAGAGGCGGAGGAAGGUCCUGUGGGGAUCCCUUUCCCUGAACACAGCGCAGACAUACUGGGCAGCCUGAACAAGCAGCGGCUCAGCGGGCUGCUGUGUGACGUGCUCCUGGUUUCCCAAGAUCGGGAGUUCCCAGCUCACCGCUCCGUCCUGGCGUCCUGCAGCACCUACUUCCACAAGCUCUUCACGUCAGGGGUAGCCGCCGACCAACAGAACAUCUACAACAUCGACUUUGUGGCAGCGGAGGCUCUGGGAGCUUUGCUGGACUUUGCCUACACGGCCACGCUGACAGUCAGUCACAGCAGUGUGGCUGAGAUCCUUGCUGCUGCACGUCUCCUGGAAAUCCCACCUGUCCAGGAUGUCUGUACACACCUGCUGGACACCAAAGUGCUCUCCCCGCCGGCGGGCAGUGAGCGAAAAGAUGAGGGUGAAGAUGAGGAUGGGAAAGGCAAAGGAGGGAGGGAGCAGGGGAACCGGGUGCGGGCCCGGGAGUAUCUGGAGUACUUCCAGAGAGGGGCGCAUUGGAGCAGCAGCUGCAGCACGCCGGAGCUCAGGGACCUGCCCACCGCACACCUGCACUUUAAUCACGGGAACGGGGGCACCCCCAGCAACGGGGCCCCUGUUGGCCCCAGCGAGUACUACUCCCCCUUGGCCCUCGCCUUGUCCCAGGUCCCUAAACAGGAACCAGAGGAAGAAGACGACGAUGAGGAUGAAGAUGAGGAUGGGGACGCGGUGCAGGGUAACGGAGGAAACCUGGGGUCCUCAUACUACCCUCCGUCCCAAAACGGACACUUCUACCUCCCUCACAAUUCUAGGCUGGGGCAGGAGCCCGAAACGGAGGACGCUUGUAGGGAGGCGAUGAUAACGGAGAGGGGUUCAGCAAGUGCCCUCCUGCAGCAGAUGAUGGACUCCAUCGAGAGGCAGAAGGAGCGUGCUACGACCGGUGAGGACCAGGGAGAUGGCGAUGACCCUGACAUGGAAUUUUACUUGAAUUAUUUUAGCAGUACACAGCACGAAGAUACAGCGUCAUCCGCUGUAACGCAGGGAGUGCCAUCACUCUGGUUAUCACGAGGCAGUACAGCCCAAGACAGAGUAGGAGCAGAGAGGGGGGUCGGAGAGAGAGCCAGCGGGGGUGGAGGAGAACGGAAGAUGCGCUCCAAGGCCUUCCAGAAGUGCCCCAUAUGCUCCAAGGUCAUUCAAGGGGCAGGCAAGCUCCCGCGUCACAUCAGAACGCACACGGGAGAGAAACCCUACGAAUGCGCCAUCUGCAAAGUGCGCUUUACCAGGCAGGACAAGCUCAAGGUUCAUAUGCGUAAGCAUACAGGAGAGAAGCCUUACCUGUGUACACAAUGUGGAGCUGCCUUUGCUCACAACUACGACCUGAAGAACCACAUGCGUGUACACACCGGCCUGCGCCCCUAUCAGUGCUCGAGCUGCUUUAAGACUUUUGUGCGCUCGGAUCACCUGCACCGCCACCUCAAGAAGGACGGCUGCAACGGCAUCCCCUCCCGUCGAGGCCGGAAACCUCGCGUGAGAGAGCCAGGGCUCCUCGAGGCCCCCAUGGGCUUGCUUAGCCCCGGAUCCGACACCGGCCCCGGGUCUCAUACCAUCAGGGGAAGGCGGCGAUCGGAAUCGACCUCGGCAGCGGAGGUGGAGGUUGCUGCUGGAGCACACGCACACAGUCCUCAGCUGCAGGAGCUAGCAGGGGAGGCAGGGCCCUGAGACUGCAGGGAAGACAAGGACACUGCUGGACACCAUAGUCACUCUGCACCGCCUGUGAGACAGGCCAAUGAACAGAGAGGAGUAAAAGAUGCAAAGGCAAUUUAAAAAAAACUACAAAAAAAAAACUACAACAAACAACUAACUAUUCCUCUAUAAACCAAAUCAGGGUGUCACAAAAAUCUAAUCUUUAUAUUUCUUUCUCCUAUUACUUAGGACACGGCGUAGAAUUGCAAGCACUUAAGUUGGUUUAUUUGUUAAAGAGCAAAGAACGCUUCAAAUCAUGCACCCAUCACGUCCACUUUCUGGGUCAUUUCUUUCUUUGUAAUAAUAGGGGUUUUAUACAUAUGUGGCAUAUGUGCUUAGGCAAAUGUAUGAUAGAUACAAAGGAACUCUGAGCAACUAUGCAGUUGAUUUAGAUUUUUAUUGGUUUUGUCCUCACAGCCUUCAAGCUCUAAGAAAGGUGUCUGUCAAGCACCUUCUGGCUGCUGUACGGGUGAAGCGAGGACAAAUCCUCCCAAUGAAAACAACUCUUUUUCUAUUCUUUGCAGGUCUGAAAUGUACAGUUACCAUAGAAACACCAUUGCCACAAUAUGGCAUAUGCAAGGAAAACUCGCCACAGUUUUGAUGCAACAGUUUUUCCUCUCUAAAUGUUCCAGAAAGAAUGAGGCAGGGGUUUGAUUGAAGUGUUACUUACUCUCUAAAAUGCGUUUUAAGAAUCUAUGGCUUGUCUUACUGAAAAACAAAUUCACUUUGAGUCAAAUCCACUUUAAUGGGGGCUCGCCAAUUGCAGGACUCGGGAAUACGAGGGGUGGAGGGUUUGUGUUUCUGAAGCACUACCAUUGUCAAUGUACGUGUUGGCUUUACUACGUGGCCUCUUAUCCCUCACAGCCCUGCGGUGUCAAUAUGUUUGUUCGCCCUUUUGAUUUUGUCUUAAUUUUUGUUUCUCAUUAUUUUAUUUUUUUGACUGCUUUGGGUACUUGACACUUUAUUAUUGUAUACAUGUAUAUACAGCAGGUGGUGAUAUGACAUUGGCCCCUCUUAAUGCUGAUUUGUAGUUACCAAUCACAUUUUUUUUUCCUCGUAGACUUGAUGUCAUAUUUCUCAGAGUGAAGCUUGUGGGUGAACAAAACAAACUGUAUGAAUGUUCGAUGAGAGAGGAAAAAAAAAAAAAAGCAUUGAUUCACCCAUUUGUCCUAAACUUAACACUUGAUAUGUAAAUUUCCUGCCCAAAGGACGAGGGGGUCGAUUGAAUGAAUGUGCUUAACUUUUUGCAGUUUUUCGGAUUCUGUCCUUGUGUGACAAGGCGCGGGUAGCACUUAACCAACCGCAGGUUAAAGGAGCCUGAGUGAGAGAGUGACAAAGAGUACGAAGAGAUAGGCGAGCACCUUUUUUUCUAUGUUUGCACAGCUUUACUAAAGAUAUCCAACUGAGGGAGAGGUAAUAUUUAAAGGAAGCGGGCUGAUGUGCGAGGAGGUUUAUGCUUAUUCCAAUCUUUUUGCCCUGGGGACCACACAACCGUAAGGCAACCUGUAUGAUGAAGAGAGCAAUAAAUACCUGUCCAAGUUGGGAGGCCAAAUAGGAGCGCAGCUGCAGCUGGUUGAUGGGGGAGGGGAUCGAGGGAAGGGGAGGGGGAUCUCGCAAUGUCUGUUGCAUUCCAAAAAAUAAUCUCCCCCAGCUCAGCCACGUUUCCAGGCAGGAGGGGAUCAAAUCAGGCCUUUUCUCUCGCUCCCUCUCCCUCUGUAGUCCUCUAAUGCCCCCGAACCAGCCUGGAGGGGAUAUUAUUAUAUUAGAGCCUGGUGUUACUGUGGGGAGGACGCCUGGUGCUGGCAGUUUAGUGUGCGACUGUGUUUACAUGUACAUGUGUUUGCGUGCGUGUGUGUGUGUGCGUGGCAGCCAGGGUCCCUCUGGCCACAUCAUCAGCGUGUGUGAGUCAGCCACAGCCUGUUCAAACAUGCACCCUGAGCUGCCAGCCCCAAUACACUUUGUCUCGCUAACACACACACAUGCUCACUGGGUCCAGGUAUCCUGUAGAGAAGGGGAAAACACCAGAGCUGACAUAUCUGUUUGAAUAUUGUCAGCGACUCCAUACGUUUGGAUUUGUCCGUCUUAAACAAUAAUAAACUCCAGAAUCCAACUUUAGUUUCCAUAUGAGCACAUUGAGCCUUUUGCGUUAAGAGAACAUGCAUGUGAUGUAGAGUGCCCCCCCC